AUGAGUAGCCUUCAUAUUACACUUUCUUUCCUCUUGUUGCUCAUUUUUAAUCUUCAAGACCUGUCUGCGGCUCCUAGUAGACACUUGUGUCAUCCUGAACAAAGGGAUGCCCUUCUCGAGUUCAAGAAGGAGUUUGAGAUUCAGAAGACUCACCCUGAUGAUUAUUGUUAUUCAGAAUUCCUCGGUAGCUCCGUAAGCCCUCAUCCGAAGACGGUGUCAUGGACAAAUAACAGCGACUGUUGUCAUUGGGAGGGUAUCAAGUGUGAUGCCAAGUCUGGAAAAGUGAUCAAGCUAGACCUCAGUUGCAGUGGCCUCCACGGCAGGUUACAUUCGAAUACCAGUCUUUUUAGGCUUCAAAACAUUCGUUUUCUAGACCUUUCCCAAAAUAACUUACAUGGUCAAAUCCCAUCCUCGGUUGGGAAACUUUCUCACCUCACUUGUCUCCAUCUUUUUCAGAAUCAAUUAUUGGGUCAGAUUCUGUCCUCACUUGGGAAUCUUUCUCAUCUCACCUCUCUCCAUCUUUCUAAUAAUCAGUUUUCCGGUCAUAUCCCAUCUUCAAUUGGAAACAUUUCUCAUCUCACCUCUCUCUCCCUUUCUAAUAAUAAUUUUACUUCCCAUAUUCCAUCUUCGAUUGGACAUCUCUCUGGUCUCACCUCUCUCGACCUUUCUUUUAAUCAGUUUUCGAGUCAGAUUCCAUCUUCAAUUGGAAACCUCUCGCAACUCACAUCUCUCGAGCUUUCACAUAAUAAUUUCACUGGCCAGAUUCCGUUCUCAGUUGGAGAUCUCUCUCAUCUUACUUCUCUCGAUUUUUCUCAAAAUCAGUUUUCCUGUCAGAUUCCAUCUUCAAUUGGAAAGCUCUCUCAUCUCUCAUCUUUUUCUCUUUCUACUAAUCAGUUUUCUGGUCAGAUUCCAUCCUCAAUCGGAAACCUCUCUAAUCUCACAUCUCUCUCUCUUUCUGAUAAUCUGUUUUCGAGUCAGGUUCCAUCUUCAUUUGGAAACCUCUCUCAACUCACAUCUCUCGAUCUUUCUAAAAAUAACUUUACCGGCAAGAUUCCCUUCUCAAUCGGAAAGCUCUCUCAGCUCACAUCUCUCUCUCUUAUCGAUAACCGGUUUUCCGGUCAGAUCCCAUCGUCGAUUGGAAAUCUCUCGGGUCUCACCUAUCUCGGACUUUCUAGAAACAGUUUCGUUGGUGAAAUCCCAUCAUCUUUCGGCAGUUUGAACCAACUGUCCAUGUUCUUUGUAAGUCUGAACAAGCUCAGCGGUAACUUCCCCAUCACGCUACUGAAUUUGACAGAGCUGUCGUAUCUAUCACUCUCCUCCAAUAACUUCACAGGAACGCUUCCUCCAAACAUCAACUCACUCUCCAACUUGCUCUGUGUUUACGCAGACGACAACAGUUUCGUCGGAAGCAUUCCUUCUUCUCUCUUCACCAUUCCUUCUUUGACCAAUAUUGACUUCAGUAACAACAACCUCAACGGCACUCUUGAGUUUGGGGAUGGGAAUACUUCUUCACCGUCUACGCUACAAGAGCUGCUCCUUGGAAACAACAACUUGAGAGAGCUAAGCUUGAGGUCUGGCUCCAGGCUUGUCAAUCUUCAGAACCUCAACAUUUCCAACAAUGAGAUCAACGGUCAAGUGCCUCGCUGGUUAUGGACGCUACCGUAUUUGCGUUACGUGGAUCUUUCCAACAACGGUUUCAUCGGUUUCGAAAGAUCAGCGAAACAUGGACUAAUGUCUGCUUUGUCCAACUUGUUUGGCUCCAACAACAGUUUCACUGGAAACAUUCCUUCUUUCAUAUGCGACUUCCGAUCUCUAAGCAUUCUCGAUUUAUCAGACAACAACUUCAAUGGCUCAAUCCCUCUUUGCAUGGGAAAUCUCAAAACUACUCUCUCAUAUCUGAAACUUCGCCAGAAUCGUCUUACUGGUGCUCUUCCGGAUAACGUAUUUGAACGUCUAAGAUCGCUUGACAUCGGUCAUAACCAGUUGGCGGGAAAGCUUCCAAGAUCUUUGAUCCAUUUCUCUGAUCUUGAAGUUUUAAAUGUGGGAAGCAAUAACUUCAACGACACGUUUCCCUUCUGGUUGAGUUCUCUUCAGAAACUGCAAGUUCUUGUCUUACGCUCCAACGUAUUCCAUGGACCGAUACGUCAAGCCUCGUUCCCUAACCUGAAAAUCAUCGACAUCUCACACAAUCACUUCAUUGGAGCUUUGCCAUCAGAUUACUUUCGGAAAUGGAGUGCCAUGUCAUCACUUGGGGCAAACGAAGAUCAGUCGACUGAAAGUUACAUGGGAGAUGAAUAUGGCUAUUACCACGAUUCGAUGGUUUUGGUGAAUAAAGGUGUAGAGUUGGAGCUGGUACGUAUCUUGAAAAUCUACACGGCAAUUGACUUCUCCGGAAACAGUUUUGAAGGAGAGAUUCCAAGCUCCAUUGGUCUAUUGAGAGAGCUUCAUGUGCUCAACUUGUCAAACAAUGCUUUCACUGGCCACAUCCCUUCAUCUAUGGGGAAGUUGACAGCUCUCGAGUCACUGGACGUUUCCCAAAACAAGCUUUCUGGAGAAAUUCCACAAGACUUAGGGAAUCUCUCGUUCCUUGCGUACAUGAACUUCUCUCAUAACCAUCUUAGAGGUCUCGUACCGGGAGGCACUCAGUUUCGAACGCAGCCUUGCUCUUCUUUUGAGUACAACUCGGGACUUUUUGGCUCUUCUCUUGAAGACGUUUGCAAAGAUAUCCAAAUUCCAGCAACGCAACAAAAUGAGACGCCAGAUGCAGAGGAAGAAGAUGAAGAGGUGUUCAGUUGGAUUGCAGCUACUAUAGGAUUUGGACCUGGUAUUGUGUUUGGAUUGACGAUUGGAUACAUAUAUGUUUUUCUACGAACCAGAGUGGUUCAAAAAUCCUUUUCGCCGAAACAAACACAGAAGCAAAGCACCACAACUAAUUAG